GUUUUUGAUGGACAGUUGGGUCCAGCCAGUCAGUGGUUACGGGCCGACAUGUUGAAGAUAUUUCUGUGAUCGUACGCGGUAGGUCUAACGCGUGAUUUUUCAUGCGUCUUUUGUGCGUGUUCAAUAUAUAAGAAGUGUUUUUGGAUUGCGACGCUACAUGUGAAGUGUCGAGUGAAACAAGCCUGCUUGUGCCUGGUUUACCCGGCCCAGCAAACAUGAGCUGGGGUACAGAGCUCUGGGUAAAUCGUGCAAAGAUGUCUCCACGUGACGUGUAUUUUACAUGUUUCAUUCAGAAGGCUCGGUCAGGAUAUGAAUGAGAAUUCGUCAGAGGAAGAAGUAACAGGUCGAGAUUGUAUGGUAGAGGCGAUUCAUGUGCCUGAUAAUAUGGGUAGAACCGAUGGAUCCUUGGUCUGAUGGUGUUCGACCAGUCGCGGGUGCACAGUUGCGGCAACAGAGUCCAGUUUCACUUUUCGUGCCGAGCUGCUAAACGGCCAGAAAUCUUUCUACCGGCAGCCUUGCGAAAUCUCUCAUUGUCCCGAGGACCAGUACGAGAAUCUAUCCCUGCAUACGCAAAAAGGGAUAGAGUUCCUCGAAAGGUACGGCCAUUUCAUUCGCGAUCGAUGCGCCAUCGAGGUGGAAUAUGCGGCUAAACUCAGACGUCUUGUGAAGAGCUAUCAACCUAAGAAGAAAGAGGAGGAGGAUUAUCAAUACAGUCCAUGUCGAGCGUUCAAGAUGGAGUUGAAUGAGGUAAACGAUCAGGCAGGACAGAGGGAGGUGAUCGCGGAGAAUUUGCAAGCAAACGUACUAAGGGAAUUGAAUAUUCUCGUCAAGGAUUUUAAGGAGGAUCGUAAAAAACAUCUGCAAGAAGGGGCCAGAUUAAUGGCAAAUUUGACCGGUCAGAUUGGAAAUUUGGAGCGUGCUAGGAAAGCGUAUGAAAAAGCUUUUCGUGAGGCGGAAAGAGCAGUUGAGAAUUAUCAGAGAGCAGAUGCUGAUUUGAAUCUUUCAAGAGCGGAAGUCGAGAAGCAGAGGAUGAAUAUGACUUUAAAAACUCAGCAGAGUGAGGAAGCCAAGACAGAAUAUGCGAAUCAAUUGCAGAAAACAAAUGACAUGCAAACAUUGCAUUAUCACACGGCUAUGCCAGAAGUGUUUCAACAUCUUCAGGAGCUUGAUGAAAAGAGAAUAAAAAAUAUGCGAAACUACAUGCUAAAGUCUGUGGAAAUAGAACGAGCAGUGGCACCGAUAAUCGCUCAAUGUUUAGACGGUAUUGAAAAAGCAGCAAACGAGAUCAAUGAGAAAAAAGACACAUUAUUGGUAAUCGAACGUUACAAAAGCGGUUUCCAACCUCCAGGAGAUUUUCCGUUCGAAGAUCUUUCUGUGGCUAAAACGUAUGAUAGCAAUAGUCAGCUAUCACAGCCUGUAAUGCAACCAAUACACAAUCAUCAUCUGACAGUGAAGGGUACUGUUUCUGGUAGUAAAAUUAAGAAGAGGGUCGGGCUGUUCGGCAUAUUUAGUAGCAAUAAGAAGUUGAUCGAGGUGGGCAUAACUUUGAAGAAUAAUGUGCCCGGAUAUGGUGAUGGUGCGAAGGAGGACUGCAGCGAUCUACCACCGAAUCAACGCAAGAAAAGACUUCAACAAAGGUUGGACGAAAUUCAAGCAAAAAUUCAACAAGAGACUGCGGCAAGGGAUGGUUUGAUGAAGAUGAAAGGGGUAUACGAGCAAAAUCCUGCAUUAGGCGAUCCAAUGAGCAUAGAAGGACAGUUGAAUCAAUCUAGCAAUAAACUGGAUAAACUCGGUGCAGAAUUGGCAAAAUUCCAAGGUUAUCUCGAAGAAGCAAUGCGCGCCGGCGUCAGUUUAUCCAGUCCCAGUCAAGCACCACGAAAACCAACUAGUAAUGGUUCCGCAACAAGACCGCUGAGUUCAAGAAGAUCCAGUCAUUCGGGAGGAGAGGAAAGUCUUUCGAGAUCAGCAUCUGAUUCCAGUGUGAGCAAUGCGAAUGCUAAUCAACCGAUACAUAAGAAAAGUGCUCCGGGUACGCCGCAGCCGACACAUGGUUCCACGAAUAGCCCGGAAUCUGGUCUUGGAGAAUCGAGGACAUCCCUUCCUGGUAGUGGUGGCGAAGAAUAUUAUGUUGAUGAAAUUGAUGCUCAACCACCGUUAGGAACAUGUAGGGCUCUUUAUCCUUUCGAUGCAACUAGCGAAGGUUCUAUACCAAUGUAUGAUGGAGAAGAAUUAUAUAUGAUUGAAUUAGAUCAAGGAGAUGGAUGGACGCGUGUACGGCGUAUUUCACAACCAAUCGAAGGCUUUGUACCUACAUCUUACAUAGAGUGUCAUCUCUAUAAUACUUAGCCAUUUCUUUUAGGACGUUAAACAAUUGAGAAGUGGGGAAAUUUUCAAGAUUAUUUAUGCUAUUAGUUCAAUACGGUAUACUGAACGAUUAAAAAUAGCAAUUCACGAAAAUUGGAGGUUCUAUGUUGAGGAUUUGGUGUUGAUUGAAUGGCACUAGUUUUCAGGAUGUAUUCUGGUCAAAUCAUGGGUCUAAUCCCAUAAAAAUGUCACUGAUAUAAGUGAAAAUUAAUAUGUGCCAAUACUUUGAUUUUUGGGAGAAAAUCUCACGACUUGUUAAAGAUUCAGUCAAUUGUUCAUCCAACAUACCUCUUUUUAGCUUCUAUCAAGUUCAUUAAACAAGAAAGAACAAAGAGAAAAUAAGUUUCAUUUUUAAUAUCUAAUUUCUUUUAUACAAAAGUGAUCAAGAUGUUCAACUCACUUAAAUAUUAAAUAUAGUAAGAAUAGUAAGAUCCUUCAACUAUUUAGAAUGCUGUUAUGCCCAAUUUUAAAGAGAUUUUGUCAUACACGUACGAAAUACAAUAGCAUUUUUCUAAGAAAAAUGCUAAAAGCACCUGAUCACUUGGAUGACUAACAAUAUGUUUUUGUAAUUUAGAUAUGCACAAGUGAACAAUUUGCAACUUCAUUAUUGAAAGUAUAAUAAAAAUAAUAAAUAUCUGUCGUAUAAUACACACACACACAUACACAAAUAUUAUAUGUAUAACAUAUGCUCCGCCUACAUGUCACGGAUAAAAUUACGAUUGUUGUAAUGACAUGAAGAUAUAUGUAUUUUUUUUUUUUAUUAAUUUUGUUGUAAAGCAGGCAACUCACGAAUAGAUUCACACUAUCUCCGCUGAAGUUCAAGAAACUGUUCAAUUUCAGUGCUUUUAGAAUAAAUUUUUAUCCAAAUGAUUUAUAUAUAAAUAUUACAAAAAAUGUUUAUUUGUUUUAAUAUAUCAAUAUUUGUUUCUUGCUUUUGCUGAUGAUAGGAAGGUGAUGUCGCUUCUUUACAAUUAUUUUUGAGUCGUUUUUUGACUUUUAUUGUUAUAUAAGUAUAUUAAUUGAUGUUAGUGUUUUUUUUUUCUUUUUUUUUUUUAAUGCAACUAGAAGGUGAUUAGGUGGUGCUCUGUACAGCAAGUAGAUUCCGAGUAUUGAUCGGCUAAGUUUUGUUUAUGAUAUUGCCUGGAUGUGAAUUUAGUUAAGAUAUAUUGUGUACAUAUUGCAAGGGAUAUGGGAGAAGAAACGAAAUGUAUGGUACGUGUGUGAGUGCCAGGUUCGAUAUGUAUUGUGCGAAGUGAUGAAUUUAUUUCCAUUGCAUAUAAAUACGAAAUAGUGACGUUGAAUUAUUAUUUUUUUUUUUCUCCCUUUUUUUUUUUUUUUAUAAAUAUAAGAAAAAAAACGUCUCUAUUUCGGCUAUUUUGGAAAAAAAUUCUUAGCUUCUCAGUUACAAAGCUAGAUUCGUCCUAGAUUCGAUUGCGAUGUAUCAAAAUCGUGUAGUCGUAUAUAUGCUCGCGUAUUAAAAAUAUGUAUAUGUAUAUAUAUAUAAAAUCUAUAAUCACUCAUUAAAGUAUAGCCUCGAUAUAUAAGGUACGAAAGUACAUAAAUUAAAUAACAUCAAUAGCCUUCUUCUCAGCCGCAAUUGUUGCCUAUUCGGUGUAAUUUCUUUGACUCUUUAACAUUACAAUUUUAACUGUAAGUUUUGCUGCAUUUUGCAAUCGAUCGUAAACGAUGCGUCUCGUGUUUUCACGAUUUUUUUAUAAUUUAUCCUUAAUCGUCAAAGAAUAAGCAUCGAGAACUUUUAGAUUUUGCGAGGGUCGACAGUAUUUUCGCAUGCGGUCUUUGAUGUUGAUAGAAAAUUAAUCGCAAUAUUUUUUGCUCGUUGAUAGGCUGUAUCACUUUAUGAAAGUGAAAAGAGAAAAUCAUUAGAUAAUGAUGAAAAGAAAAAAAGAAAUGAUAUCCUUACGUCUACCUUAAUUCUUAACAUUCAACUGCGUCCAUUCUAUGUAUAUUUUGUGAUUUUAUAUCCAUGAACAAGUAUUGUAGAUAAUUAACUCCGUGACUCAUUAUACGUUUAAUUAUUAUUAUUA